CCAUCCCGCAACAGUGACUCUCAACUUCUUCUUUUAGAAUGCACUGUGCACUGACAUGACAACAAGUAAUUGUUUUUAUUGACAGACUGAUAAUGUGAAGUAAUUGAUCAGUGAUUAUUUACGAGCGGGUGUGUAAUUUUAUGGUUAUGUGAGUUCACGGUUCGUCCAGUUUCCUGUUAGAAAAGGUGCUUCUCAGGAUGGGCCAGGGCACGGAAACUUGCGCUGACCGACCAACCGAAGUCAGCGUCAUUAGAUUUGUCUCUAGGAAUCGAACCAUAGAGGAAAUUGCUCCGAAAAAGGAAGUUUAUACGUGUAAGCAACGCGGUUGUGGUAAAAUCUUUACUAAUCAGGAUGAGUAUAAGAAUCACGAAGCUUUGGAAGCCUUGAAGAUCAGAUUUAUAUGCCGCGAACCAGGAUGCGGUGAGGAAUUAUCUGACCCAGGAAGUAUGUGGCGUCACUAUCAGGAAUGGCAUAAUAAUGAGACAAACGUAUUCUCGUGUCCGUAUACAAGCUGCAGAUCUGUUCAUCCAACUAGCGAUAGUCUGGAGGAACAUAUUGAGACUUGUCACAGACAGCCCCCGACGCUACCGACGGAACCAGAGAUCAUCUGCUUCGAAGGAUCGGAGAGCGUGAUCGAUGAAGAAACUGGUAGGAAUGAAGAUGACAAUUAUUAUGAAGCCGACAAAGAUAGCCAUAACCGUUCUCCUACCGAUAACGAUACGGGCUCGCGAAAUAACGAAUUUCAAGGAAAAAAGGAUAAUUUCUCAGCAACGUCCGAAGAUCAUUCCAGCCACAUAGCAACGUCCAAGAAAUCAAACGGUAAGAGUCAUCAAAGCGAUGACUUUAUGCACGACAGAAAGAAAUUCACUGCCAGUCCAAAAAGUGAUGAUUAUAUUAAGAGCAAUGACAACAGAUCAAUUGGAAAAUAUCGACAAAGCGAUGAUCUCCAUUUAACUAAAGAGAGUUCAGGGAUAAAGUACGAAGAACGUGCUUCAAAAAGCACUAACAGCAAUUCGAUUCUACAGACUGAGAAUUCUCAGGAGUCAAGUAACGUUGUGUUUAUAAAUGACGAAGUAACUAUCACGAAAAAUCUUAAGAACGAUGGCGGAAGUCAAAGUCAGCAAGGUCAAGAGCACAGAAUAGAUUUGGGAAACUUAGAGAGUGUCUUCAGGAGUGGCUUUGAGCGAGAUUCACCGAAAAUAGAAGAUGGCGGCUUGGAUACAAACAGUAAUUGCUCCGACGACGAGGAAUAUACGCCGAAGAAACAGAGGAUGUCACGUCACAAACAGGAGCCGUAUAAGUGCGACGUUAAUGGCUGUGGCAAGAUGUACAAAUACAUAUCUCAUUAUCGUCAUCAUCAGGACAGUCACAAAUUAGUGACAACUGCCAUAAACUCAAAUCCUGCCAAACAGACGAAAGCAAAGCAAGGAAAAGCCUCAACUGUCAGCUUCUUCCUAUGCAAGAUGCCUGGCUGUGGCGCUGAAGUGAAUAACGUAACUGGCCUAUGGAAGCACUAUCAGGACAAUCACGCCAAUUCGAAACCACCCCAAGGUCAUGCUGCCAAGGGCAAUGAAAUAUUUAGAUGCAAAGUACCCGGAUGCGAUAUGGAGUUUGGUACAACAUUGAUGUUGUACAAACAUUUCAACGAGAUACACAUGAACGGUUCAACUGGCAAUUCAAGCACAAACGCAAAGACUGGUAACGGGAGUAGCAAUCAGUUUGCCGAUCAAAUGUUCCAGGAUGACGCUACCGCCCAACAAGGAAACUUUAAGACUGACUUCGAAGCCAACAAUAAGACUAACGCGAAUGAUUACGUUGAGAGUGAUGACGAAGACGUAUCUUUAACAACCGUCAAGAAAGAAUCUCGAGAUUGAUUCUUGUUCAGUUAGAUCCAAAUUUUGUCGCCGAUUACAAAGCGUCGCGACGUCGACUCAGUGUGUUUAGCAGAGACAUUCUGCCCUCUAUUGUUUCUUCUUUUAUUCUUGAUUGUCUUCUUCUUCUUCUUCUUCUUCCAGAUACUCGGGUCUAGUUCCUUGAGUAGGAACAAUUAUCAGUCUUAUUCUUGAUUGACCUUACCUAAUCUCUUCUCGUUUUGGUCCUCUGCAAACUUUGUUCAGUCAACUUCGUCUUGAUGUCAUGUUAUAUACUCAAGACUUCCCCUGCGUCACUUUAUUUAUUUCUUUUUUUGUUAAUAAUUACGAUUUAGUUUAUUUAUUAUAAUUCGAAAUGGUUAACUACCUGCAAUAUAUACAUAGAAAAAAUAAUUUUUCUUUUGAUACGCCUAUUAUAGUUAUACUCGCCAGUGAUUCGAUGCAUUGAUUGAAUAUCUACAGCAGGGUAUAUUGUGGAAUGUGAAAUGUUUUAAUUAUAAUUGCAAGUCUAUGAUAAGGAGACGCAAGAAAGGAUCAACGAGAAACUAAGCAAACGUCAAAUUAUCAGAAUAUUUUUCUCAGGUUGCUAAACUCGUCUGAUGCGUUUUGAGAAAAAUAUCUCAUGCAUGCAAUGCAAUUUUCCGUGACAUUUUUUCAUGAUAAAAUACAGAAUUCCUCUAAUGUGAAUUCUUAGUGAAUGAUCUUUACAGAGACUUUGCGGAUGGAUAUAGUGUAUUGAAAAAUCCUCUGCUAAAUACUCUGGUUUUAAUGCGUAAACAUAGUUAAUAUUUAAGUCAAUUUAAUUAAACUGCUUGGCAGACAAUUCGAGAUCCGAAAUUCUCUCUAGGAUUUACGAACAUCUGAAUGCAAUUAAAAGACUGACAUUGAGGUUUCGACAAUGUUCGGCUGAGAUUCGGUCUCCUUUGGCAGAAAGCGAGUUUCACGGUCUUGUUGAGAUCUAAAAACAAGUCCGUCAUAGUCAUCUCAACUAUAAUACAAGACUUCUGACUUUCCGUACUGAUUUUUACUAUUUUAUAUUAUUGUAUCGUUUUGAUGUAACUUGUAUUAUCUAUAUUAUCGUAGUGACUUGUAAUGAUAGGAAUUCUCGAACUAUGAGUAUUGUAUAGCAUUUUUAUUUCUAUGACUAUACGUUCGAAAAUAAAGGUGCAAUAGUAGAAGGAAA